AUGAUUCUUUAUGAUAUUUUUAAACUAACUAUAAAAACGCGUGCUAUAAAUGAAAGUACAUCUAUCUCACAAAUUCAGGAUGAAAAAGCAGCACGAAUCGAUCUAUCAGCAUUGCCAAUUGCUGCUUUACCUAUUCGUUAUGAUAAUGGUGAUGUUACUCGUAAUAAACUUUUAGAAGGAUUAGUCUUCGUUGUUGCUAAAAUGUCAAAUAAAAAAAAUGGACGCUAUUAUCCUCCGUGA